UUCUGAGAAUACUGGCUCAGGUUUCUUUGCUACAUAUGAGCAGAUGUGCUGGAGAGACAGAUUCUUCUCUCAAUGGAAAGCAACAGUACAUUUAGGCUUUUUCUUUUCUUUUUCUUUGUGAGCUUUACAGCAUCCGUGGACCAAUUGUUCGGAAGAAUGGAGAGGAGUUGGUUUGUAUUCCCUGACCAAGACCUGCUCCAAAGAAAUGGCCGACGAUACGAUGGUGGUGUGAAGCCAAAACUUAAUUUACAGCAAGUAGCAAUUGCACAGGUUAUGAAUUACAACAUAAGCAGUAAAGAGAAUUCAGAGAGAGAGUCCGUCAUCCACAGUCACUACAGUCCUCUUAAUGUCACAGUGAAUGGGAGCCCUUGCAUACUUUUCUGGGCCAGAAGAAUCAUGAUUAAGUUUCAGAAUCAAACUCAGCUGGACCUAACAGACAAGGCAUUUGGUGUUCAUGCAACUGUAGAUGUUGCUGAUUCAAACUGCAGUGAAGAAAAUGCUGUGCUUUCCCUUAAUUUUGGUGAUGUUGACAAUUUGAAGGGAUUUGUUAUCAGAUUUAUGCUUACAAACAGUUACUACAAGCUGUCUAUUCAAAACUGGUUUACCUUGCAUAGAAUCCAGCUCAUAUACAACCAUUCUGUACAAGCAACAUUCAAUGCAACCCGAAUACAUGCUCCAGCGAGUUAUUCCUAUCACUGCGAACAUGUUAGCAACCUCCAGAGAUAUGAUGCGCUGUUGACACCCAGCUCCACAAAUGAUGCAGCCAGGCUCUGGGAAAUUACUUUUAUUGACUUUCAGAUUCAAGGAUUUAACAUUGAAGAUGGACAAUUUGCUUAUGCAAAAGACUGUGCCUCCUUAUUCCCGCCAGCGAUUCUGAUGGGCCUGGUGAUGUCUCUGAUUUUGCUUCUUGUUCUGGCCUAUGCCCUCCACAUGCUGAUACACUUGAAAUCCCUCGACAGGCAUUAUGAAUGCAAAGCAUCUCCUGCCUAUUUUCCACAGAUGAAAGACAUGGACACAGCAGAUGAAAAAGAACCUCUGCGGAAUAACGGGAAUGAAGCCUAUGAACUUACAAGCCAACAGUUCUCUAAAAUCUAUAUUUAGCGGUGUCUGUAUGUUCCACAAGUAGAUAACAAACUACUCCUGAGGCACUUUCACAUCCUGUGAGCUCAUGUUAGAGUUUUGAGAAUCUCAGCUUUUGAUAUCAAUAGAAAGAUUUCUAGUCUUCAUGAUUGUGAAGAGAAAUGUCAGUGUACUACAGCAGUGGCUAUUAAUUUCACUAAACAUUAGAAACAAAGAAAAGAACCCAGUUAUAUUGCAUUUAGAAGAUUUUGGCUAAUGGUCAGGAAUGUAUGAGAAUGAUAAGAGAGGGUAUUAAAAUAUAUGGCUAGAACCCUCAGCUGGCAAAACAAAACUUGUCACACUUUGAAAACUGACAGGAGUCCUCUAAAGUAAAAUAGCACAAUCAACAAUACAAGACAAAAGUUAAUUUGUGGUUGGUCACUGAAGACUGCUUUUUUUUGGCUAUGAUACCAGAGGAUUCUGAAAGACUGAGGUACAUGAAUUGAUCUGCACUGCUCACAAUGGUUGAUUAUAGAUUCUUUGCUGGUGGCUUAGGGCAGAAUGGAAUGGAUGCACUUGGUCUAAGCACUCCAAUGAGUUUUUCCUGCUCUGCUGUAUGUUGGACUCCAAAAUCAGUGGUCCAAAGUGCUGUUAAUUGCUGAUCAUCUGCAACAUGACCAUUUGUUGUCAUGUACCAGUUUGCAUCACAGAAAUGCCAUAUGUCCAUCGACUAGCAGCUGAAGACAUUCUUCCUUCUGAAGACAUUCUGCAAACUGUGUCAGCUGUGUAUUGAUAUGCCAUGCAGAUUUUCGGUGGGUCUCCUUCUUGGGAUGCUUUUCCAAGGGUGCCCUCAGCCUGGGCAAAUUUCCUCCCAUUUGUAGUAUCACAGUGAAGUUAUCAGCAUUUUGUUUCUGAUGUUCUAUUCUUCUGAUAUUUAGCUAAAUGUUUUUUACGAAAUGAUUUCUCUGAUAAAUGAUCAAAGGAAGUGA